AGCUUCAUCCAUCAACUACCACUUUUCGUCCCGAGCACAGUAUGUCUUAUAAGUCUAUUGCCCACCGUAAACAACUUCAACUCGAGGCACAAAUUCCACCCCAAUGGCGUCUGGAUGUCUCACAGAUUGCCCCAGCGCUACUUUCUCCAGCCGACUCGAUCACGAAAACCGCCCAAUAUGAAGCCAUCUCCGUCACGAACCUUCCCCGGACAUGCGGCCUUCUCACAGAUAAAGAGCUCAAAAUAACUGAGCGAUACAGUGUUCAGCCCAUGUUAGAUGCGAUUCGCGAGAGGAAGUUCACUUCGAAAGAAGUUGUCCUAGCUUUUUGCAAGCGAGCUGCAAUCGCCCAUCAACUCACACGCUGUCUCACAGAGCCUGUCUUUGAGCAAGCGCUCGAACAAGCCCAAAGGCUCGAUGACCAUCUCCAACUCACCGGCCAGCCCAUUGGCCCCUUGCACGGUCUCCCCAUCUCCGUUAAAGACUCCUUCCACAUCGCCGGCGUCGACUCAACCACUGGUCUCGCCGGCCUCGCCUUCCGCCCGGCAACACAAAACUCCCCGCUUGUCGACCUUCUCACCUCCCUGGGGGCCGUCAUCAUUGCCAAGACUAACGUCCCGCAAACCAUGGGUGCUCUCGACUCUUGCAACCACCUUUUCGGCCGAACACUCAAUCCGCUGAAUCCUCGCCUUACAGUCGGCGGCAGCACGGGGGGCGAAGCGGCUCUUCUCGCAAUGCGCGGGUCGAUGGUUGGCUUUGGCACCGACAUCGGCGGUAGCAUCCGCAUUCCUGCCAUGUGUACUGACUUAUACGGGUUCAAGCCUAGUGCCGGUCGCGUGCCAAUCGCGGGGACUCAAGAAGCAGGAAAUAUUCCUGGGAAGGGGAGAAUUAGUCUCCAGCCUGUGGCGGGGCCCAUCGCCCGCUCGGUCGAAGAUCUGAGGGCCGUAAUGGCUGAGAUCGUGCCUCGCGCGGAACUAUUCAGUGAGGACGGCAUCCCGGGACGAUGGCUUGACAGUAGCGUCGGCUCUUUUCUUCUAGCUUGUGAUACAAUCCCCCAAUCUCCCCCCAGCGGACGCAAGAAAUUUACCUUCGGGAUUCUCCGCCGUGACGGGCUAGUUGAGCCUCUUCCGCCCGUUGCCAAAGUCCUUGACGAGGUGGCGCAGAUGUUGCGCUGUACGCCCGGCGUCGAGGUUGUGGAGGUCCCUGUACCCCCGGCUCUGAGCAAAUGCCAAGGUAUUGCCGGUCGAUUGAUGGGGGUAGACGGGGGCAUUCCCAUGAUAGAUCUGCUGGAGAGCACGGGGGAACCGCUAAUUCCCUGGUUAAAGAACCGGAUGAAACGCGGUCGGGAGAUGACGCUAUCACAGGUGGGGGCAUUGCAGGCACAACGAGCUCAGGUCGAGCGGGAGAUGUUGCAAAUGUGGACGACGCGGAGGGCGACAACAGACGGCAAUCCUGCUACUGCUGCGAGCUGGACGCGAGACAUCGAUGCGAUCAUUCACCCGGUGGCGCCGCACCCUGUGCCGGAAAUGGAUCGGUAUAAUGCGGUUGGAUAUACCUCAUCCUGGGUAUUACUUGAUUAUCCAGCUGGCACGGUCCCCGUGCGCUCGAUUCGCGAGGAUGACCUGGAGUUGGGUAAGGACAUGACGGCGGCGGUUUUGGGAAGCUGGGAUAAGGCUAAUCGGUUGUUGUGGGACGAGAAAACUGUCGACCGCCGGGUAUACCUGGGCUCGCCGCUCAGUUUGCAGGUCAUCACCCCUAAGCAGCAUGAUUACGAGCUAAUCCAGGCCAUGGAAAUCAUCGAUCGAGUUGUGACGACGGAGAGAGGAAGGGUCUCCAAGUUAUGAACAUUGGCAGGGUCGCAGUCAAUUCCUGCA